AUGGACGACCAGGAGCAACAAUUGGAGGAGUGGUGUCGACUUCUGGAGCUUGAUACCCCCAUGGCGACUGCGGAGGAGUCAGAGGCGGACGAAGAACCUCCCAUGCCGCCUUCCCCAUGCCCCCGCUUCCCGUGCGACACGUGUUUCCACACUUUCGCUACGCGGGGGGGCGCUGCGAACCACAUGAGGGUAUGCCGAGCGGCUGAGGCGGAGAGGCGUGCACAGGCUCUCGGCUCGAUUCCGUCUCUGGUGGAGACCGACACGCAGGAGCGAUCGACGCCGCAGGAAUUUGGGGACGAGGCGUGGGCUGGGGUUACGUCAUGGGAAUGGGAAACAUUUUUCAGUGUGGAGGCGGUUGGAGGGAGGACAGUUCGCCGGAUCCCACAGCGGGCCAGGUCGGGGGUCUUAGACGCGCUCUGUUGCAUCCUUAAGCGCUUGAAGAGCCACCCGGGAGAUGAAGCCGCUACCCUCCUACUCUUGGCGUUUCCGCGCCUCAUCCUAGCCAUGCCUCCCAAGCCAGGCAUAGGUCAGAAGGCGCUGAUCACAGAGCGGUUGGGUGCGUUCUGGGAGGGGAGGUGGCGGGAGCUGUUCGACUCUGCCAUGGCGGCAGCGCGGCCAGCAGUUCGCCCACUUUCCUACACUCGCUCUGACCAUGACCCGGAUGCCAUCCGCCUGUCACGGUGCCGAUCUCGGUGCAAAGUGGGGGAGUGGAGCCGAGGAUUGGCCUGCCUUACAGCAGGGGAGUUGGCUCGACCGUCUGAGGUCAUGGUGCAGUCGCUGCGAGAGAAGCACCCGGCUAGAGCAGGCGAGGUACCACAGUGGGUCCGCGAUUUCACCAUCGAUACCGCUCAGCGGCCUUCACUCACGACCAACAUCCUGGCUAGAGCUAUCCAUACAGCCGCUCGAGCCUCAGCAGCAGGGCCAUCGGGGUGGGUCACAGAGCAUCUGCGCGACACCUUCCUCACUGAACCUACCUGCCUCUCCCACCUGUUGGAAGUGUUCAACCAAUGGGUGGCGGGACAGGUCCCCGAGCGGGCUCGGCCGUGGCUCGCCGCAUCCAACCUAGUCGGGCUUUCCAAGCCUAACGGCGACGUCCGACCGGUGGCGAUCGGGGAGGUGCUUCCUCCUGGGAGCGUGCACCAAGACGGGGCGGAGAUUCUCACUCAUUCUUUCCAGUCAGCGCUGGCCACUCACCCCGACUGGUGUGCGCUACAGAUAGACGUCGCAAACGCCUUCAAUUCGUUUCACCGUCAUGUGAUAUUCGAUGGGCUGCGGGAGUCGCCUUUCUCAGGGAUGAUCCCAUUCUUGCGUGUCUUUUAUGGGACACCCAGCGACCUGUACCUCCAAGCGGGCCCUUUCGUACAGAGCCUCGAGUCAGCACGGGGAUCGAGGCAGGGGGACCCGCUCGGCCCUUUUCUUUUCGCGUUCACGCAACAGCAGGUGAUGGAGCCGGUUACUAGGGAGUUCAAGGACCUGCUUUUCCUCAGCUAUGCAGACGAUACCUAUAUUUUGGGGCCAGCGGCUAGGAUUCUGGAGGCUUUUGGGGUGCUGCGGGAGUGGUUGGAGUGGGUAGGGCUGGAGGUGCAGGCGCACAAGUGCCAGUUUUGGGAGCGCGAGGGCAAGGAGGUGGAGCGGUCACUGCCAUUGGGGAUGCAACGGGUGGAUGAGGGUCUUACUGUGGUGGGCGUGCCUAUUGGAGAGGAGGUUUGGGAGGUGGUCCGGCUACGGGAGCGGCUUCGACAGUUGCAGGCGCCACUGCCAUGGCUCCCCUUGCUCGACCACCCCCAGAUGGCUUCACACCUCCUUGCCAUUGCAGUUUCAGCGCGGCCGAUGUACCUCGCCCGGACUAUGCCGCCGCGUCUGGAGGUGGUUGAGGCUUUUAGGGAUUGGGACAGCUGUUUAGAGGAUUGCUUUGAGCAGCUUUUCCCACCUGGCACUUGGGAGCAGGACCCCGACCGGUCUAGGCGCGCACGCAUGCAGCUGCAUCUCCCUGUGCGUCUCGGUGGGUUCGGGAUCCGGGCGGCGGCCUCUUUGAGCCCACUGUCCUAUGUUUGCGGGUGGGCGCAGGCCGCGUGGGACAUUGCACAGUUAGGGGUGGCGGGUGAGGAGGCGAUGUUUGCUGAGUAUCUCACCACUUCGACAGGGGCAGAGUUUCUUGACCCGUGGUUUGUUAAUGCUCUCGAGCAGCUACCAACGACUAUCCGCCACGAGAUACUGGGCUUACCUCUGUGUGUAGCGGCCCCUCCUGUUCGGCUUUUCCAGGCGCGUCAGCGGCAGUUAGCUGUAGAGGAGCUCCAGGCAUUACGCCGCUUGGCUCGUGACGAUGCUACCUUGGCCCGUUUCACAUCCCUUCAGGACCCGGGGGCAGGUGCAUGGGUUUCGGCGGUUCCGGCUCACUCAGAUCUCACAUUCACUGCGGCUGAGUGGGGCAUUGCUGCUGUUAUACGGCUCGGGCUCCCAAUUCAGCAGUUGCAGGUAGGUGAGGGUUGCGAUGGCUCGGUGCUACUGAAUUCCACACCGGGCAACAAGGCGGAGAAGGACGCAGAGCCUAACUUGUCGCUCCACGGAUUCGAAAUUAUCGAUCGCAUCAAGGUGGCACUCGAGGCCAAGUGUCCUGGCGUUGUCAGCUGCUCCGACAUCGUCGCUCUUGCCGCGCGCGAUGGCGUCCAUCUGGCCGGCGGGCCGUACAUGAGGAUGCAGCUUGGCCGCCGCGAUUCGCGUUCCUCGAAGGCAGCUCUUGCGGUGAAGCGUCUGCCGGGCCACCAGAUGAACGUGAACGAGCUUCUCCGAAACUUCGCCGCGGUCAACCUCACCCUCGGCGACCUCGUGGCGCUCUCCGGCGCGCACACCAUCGGCGAGUCGAGCUGCGACAAAGUCGCGCACCGCCUCGCGCCCAACCGCGAUGACACGCUCGCGAGGCCGAUGCGCCAGUUUCUCAAGAGUCAUUGCAAGGCUCCUAAUGUCGACAGCAAGAUCUCCAUGGUCCUUGACAUCCACAGCGCCGCGCGAUUCGACAACCACUAUUUCAAGAAUCUUCAGCGCAAGUUCGGGCUGCUGACGAGCGACCAGGUGCUGGCGAUCGAUCCGCGCACCAAGGAGCUGGUGGACCAAUUCGCGGCGGACAAGAAGGCAUUCUUCCGCCACUUCCACCUCUCCAUGAUUCGCAUGGGCGCGUUCGGCGUGCUCACGGGCCAGCAGGGCGAGAUCCGCCGCUCCUGCAGCGUUGUGAACUGA